GAGAAGCUGUUAGAGCAGGCACUCUGGUAUACAGCACAAAGUAUGGCCUACAGAAAAAUUAGACUGGCAUAACCAGAAAGCACAAAGGUCUGCGGGCUACAAAUCACAUGGUAAAAGGCACUGCCACCCUGGAUCUUCCCUGUGAGCCACAGGGCCUUUGGAGGACGUGCUCCCUGGUGACUGGCCAUUUUUCCACCACAUCUCAUAUGGCUGCCCCUAACUAGCAGGCAGCUGCUGCUGUGCCAGUGGGUUCCUGGCUCAGAGACAGAGAGAAGUAGUCUCAAAAGCACUGCGUAUGCAAUAAUGUUUACUGCUGGAUCGGGAGGACGGCCCAGGCCGUUGGAUUGAUGCGAGAUACUGACUCUGAAGCCUCGGUAUUGACCGACGCGUUUCCUUUCAGCUGGUGUUUGCUUCUUAUCGAACCUAGGCUAGGAUUAGGAGCUACCUGACAAAUCAAACUUCCUGAAUGAAAAUGUGACUUGUGAUUCAUGUUUUGCACACUUGCUGUAUGCUAUAAAUGGUGUAGCAGUACUGCACCAGACAUACAUCUAGGGAUGGACAUAAUGGCUCAGCACCAUCAGAGACAGCCAUGAUAUAGGCUCCAGAUCUGCUUAUUUUAGAAAAUAUUCCUGAGGAGGUGCUUGGCUACGCACCAGGGUUUGUUCUAUGGAUUAUUAAUGUUUCAACCAGGAAAGAAACUAUGUCUGCUACCGUUUUCGGUGAAAGGUGAGGUUCCGCUAGAGUGUAAAAAACCUAGUCUAAAAUGAUAUUACAGGAGAAAUCGCUGUUGAAUAGGUUUGACUGAGAAGAAAAUCAAGACUGUUUCUCUAUGUCUAGAUUUCAAGAAGCUAGGUAAUAUUUGUCUGAUCGACGCAUAUCCAUUUCCACGCAUUAAAGAAAUAUUUGCAGAACUUCACAACUCUUCUCAAGAUCUGCAGAAGGUCAUCACUAAGUUACAUUGCUGAAAUGCAGCAGGGAUCUUUUCACAUAUAUUCGUUGCAUGGAUUUUCCGUUUAAAACAUAGGCCCUAUCAACUUGGUGAGAUCCCACUGUCACACCGAGAGUGGAGCCGAUGGCCAUUAACCAGGUUUCCAAAUGGCUGAUCCUUUUCUAUAUAAUACUGGAGAAAGAUCUCAAUAUGGGUGCCUUGGACACGAAGUACAAAUUGAGCACAUCAAGGCAUAUGUUUGCAGACCAUCUUUUUUCACAGACAAAGCUGUGAUUGUGAUUCACGAUAUAUUUGGAUGGCUGUUCCCAGACAUUAGAUACAUAGUCGAUUUGAUUGCAGGUCAUGGAUACAUAACCAUCUGCCCGGACUUCUUCAAGGGGACAGACCCCUGGAAAACUACUGAUCACUGGGCUGACUUUGCUGACUGGAUGAAAGCUCAUGAUCCUAUGAAAGUAGACAAGGAAGCUGAUGUUGUCUUGAAGUAUCUAAAGGAACAAUGCGGUGCAAAGAAGAUUGGUAUCGUUGGGUUUUCCUGGGGUGGAAUGGCAGUACAUCACUUGAUGCUGAAAAAUCCUCAAUUAACCGCUGGGGUGUCCCUCUAUGGAAUAAUUAGGGACUCCGAAGAAAGAUACAAUUUACUAAAUCCAACAUUUUUUAUUUUUGGUGAGAAAGACCACACUAUUUCUUAUGAUCAGAUCACCUUAUUGGAGGAGAAGCUGAAACAGUACUGUAGAGUGGCGUAUAAAAUUAAAGUUUAUCCUGGACAAGUUCAUGGGUUUGCACAAUUGAAGCCAGAAGAUAUGAAACCUGAGGAUAAACCUUAUAUUGAAGAAGCUAGAAAGGAUAUGAUUGAUUGGAUCAAAACGUUUAUUUGA